CCGGCCAGAAAUGUUGGAAAAAGCCCGGUGACAUGCCAUCUGGCCCUGGUGCCUUCGACAAUCAUAUUAUGGUUUUGCAGGAGGCUCAAGGGGGACGACAGGUUGUAAAGGAGGAAUUGUUUGAAGUACCGUUUUGGAUCCAGAUCCAUAAUCUCCCCCCAGAUCGUUUGACGAUGGAGUCCGGAAAAAACAUAGGAAGUGCAAUGGGUAGACUUAUCGAGGUGGAUGUCGGUGAGGGGAAUAUUUGGGGGUCAGAGUACAUACGAGUUAGAGUGGGUAUUGAUGCUCGUAGGCCUUUAAGACGAGGCAUGAAGUUGACGCUCAAAGGACGGCCGUUGUGGGUGUCAUUCCGGUAUGAGCGGCUUCCGAAUUUCUACUAUUGUUGUGGCAUGCUAGAUCAUGUUGAGCGGGAUUGUGAAGUGGGACUUGAGUUAGAAAGCAUGGGGACGGUUGAGCGGCCUUACAAUGAUGAGCUGAGGGCAAUCCCAUGGAAGAUACGGCAAGGGAGAGGUGCAAAUAGUGGAGGUUGGCUUAGGGAUGCUUCCGGUAAACCGGUGGCGGAGGUGGGGCGACGGAGAAGACAAGUUGCAAACUUGGAAAGUCCGAGAAUUAGGGAGUCACGGGAUUUGAGGGGAAGUUUUUCUCCUAAUUGGCGACAUGAAGGCCUGAAUAUGGAAAAAGAAUCGAAUGCUCAUGCUCAUAGGCGAGAUCUUCGGGAGGGCACAAUUGAUUCCUUAGUGCGAAUUUCUGCCCAAAAUUUUGGAGAUGAUGGUGGAGGAGUGGAUGCUGGAAAAAGGGUGAUUGAGGCUGAUGCGGAAAUUAAUAGGCGGGAGUUGUGUGAUUUGAAGGGGGUUGAUAUGGUAAGGCCCAUUAUUGGGAAAGAUCAGAGUUGUGUUGAUAUUGUGGAGGGUGUUGGGCCUAAAAAUGCUCUUGGGCUGGUUCAAGGCCCAGAAAAUACCCUCAUUGUGGACAAUAUAGGUGGCCAAGGUUCAAAGACGGAUAUAGCUUUUGUCUUCUCAUCAGGCCCAAGUAACACUCCUUUUAAGAGAAGAGCUUGGAAGAAAGAGGCCCGCGAAAGGAAGAGCUCAAGUUCACAGUUGAAGCACAUUGUUAGUAGGGUGAAGCGAAAAGAUGAGCAAGAGGUGGUGCUAAGGAAUGAGGUAGAAGGGGGGGAGAAGCGGGGGCUUGGGAACCCUCGCGCGGUUCGUAGCCUCAUCGAAUUGGUGAGGUGGAAGAAACCCACAGUGGUGUUCCUCAGUGAAACACGACUGGAUAAGCGAAGGAUGGAGGGAGUUCGGCGUCGGUUGGGUUUUAAGAAUUGUCUUACUGUUGAUAGAGUUGGCACUGGUGGGGGUUUAGCAAUGCUUUGGCAAGAUGGUGUCACUUUAUCUUUGUUUUCCUACUCUCAAAAUCAUUUAGAUAUGGAGGUCAUAGGGUGGGGGGAGCAGAGGUGGAGGUUCACUGGUUUUUAUGGGCACCCAGAAAGAAGUAACAGGAGGCGAUCGUGGGCAUUAUUGCGGGAGCUUGCAACAAAAUCAUCUUUACCAUGGGUAAUUGGGGGUGAUUUUAAUGAUAUUCUGGACCAAGAAGAGAAGAGGGGAGGAGAACCACAACCAGAGUGGUUGCUAAGUGGUUUUCGAGAGGCAGUGGUAGAUUGUGAGCUUACAGAGGUACGGAUGAUAGGGUUCCCUUAUACAUGGAGUAGAGGGGGAGUGGAGGAGAAGUUGGAUAGAUUUCUGGCGUCCAGAGAGUGGCAAGCCUUUUUUCCACAAGCAAUGGUUCGAAGCUUACCGCCACUAGGCUCAGAUCAUAGUCCUCUUCUAAUGAAUCUUAUGGGGAGACGUAUAGACUAUGGUAGGAAGCAGGCUAGAAGGUUCAGGUUUGAAGAGAUGUGGCUGCGGGAUAAACAAUGUCAAGUCAUGGUGGAGCAGGGAUGGAAUGGGCAGCAAGGGGAGAGAGGGUUGGUCGGAGUCAUGCAUGGUUUAAAGGCAUGCGCUAACAGUUUAGACAACUGGAACCGAACUCAGUUUGGCAAUGUACAGGAGAGAAUUAAGCAGUGUGAGGAGCGAGUACAAGCUAUUAGACGGCUUCCAAGAACAGAAGAAAGGCUGCAGGAGGAGAAGGAGGUCUUGAGGGAAGUUGAGGAGUGGUUGUCCCGGGAAGAAGUGAUGUGGCGGCAGCGAUCGAGAGAAGUGUGGUUGCAGGAUGGGGAUCGAAAUACCAAAUUUUUCCAUGGGAAAGCCUCUAGGAGAAGGGAGCGCAAUAGGGUGGCAAGGUUGAUGGAUGCGAGGGGGGUCUGGAAAACAGAUUUCAUGGGUCUACAGGAGAUAGCUACAUCAUAUUUUACUGAUUUGUUCUCGUCAUCUCACCCGAUCAAUAUUGAACAAGUAACGAGAUGCAUAGAACGUCGGGUCACCAGUGAGGAAAAUAGGUACCUAUUGAAGGAGUUUAAAGCAGAGGAAGUGACUGCAGCAAUUUUCCAGAUACAAGUAAUAAAUUGUUAGAAAUCACAGUUAAUCGCAAUGAAGAGUCUGUUUCAAUUAUAAAGGUUGCUUUUUUGAAUAAAUUAAGGCAAUUUUU